GUUUUACGACCAGAACGAGGCAAAGAUGAUUAUGUCUCAGAGGGACGCCAGGAGAGGUCAAAAGCUGAUAGAGACAAAGAAAGGCAAAAACGAGAAGAGGAGAGGCUGAAAAUACGAAAAGAAAAAGAGAAACUUCGACGUGAAAGAGAGAAAGAGGAAAGGUUACGAAGAUUGGAGGACAAAGCAAAACAUAGAGAAGAGGAGAAAUUGAAACAUAAAGAUGACGUCUUAGAAGAAGCACAGGAAGAAAAAGUGCUUGCAAGUAAACCUGAAGGGUCAAAAUCAAAGCGUUAUAGUGAGGGUAGAAGAAAAGAGAGAGAAAAGGAUAAAGUAAAAGAAGAGAAAGAGAGGGAAAGGAAACCCAAGGAAGAACAAGAUGAUGUUGAAAUUGAAACUUUAGAGGAAAAUAUGAAUUUGGAAAACACACCAGAAAAAGAGGAAAUUGAUUCUUCAAGGAAAGAGGAAAAAUCUGAGGAGAAGGUUCCGUCCAGGAAAAGAAGAGAAAAAGAUCCGAGAGUAGAAAGGAGAAUACGAAAUAAAGAUCGACCAGCAAUGGCUCUCUAUCGACCAGGUCAGUCACGUCUUAGCAGCCGCAUGCGUCAAGAUCGUGAGGAAGGAGCAGAAACCUCUUCAUCUAGUCCAAGCCCUGUGAUGCCCGCUGGGGACCAAAAGAAAUUACCUUCUUCAAGGAAGGAAAAUACAGAUUCCAGUAGAUCUGACUGUAAAGAGGAAUCAACAAAAACUAUAAGUAUUACCGAUGAUAUAUCUGAGAGUAAAUCCACUACUGAAAUAAGUCAGGAUGACAGAAGCAGUGGUGAAGGUACAGGGGAGAAGGCUACUGGAAACCAAAAGCACUCCAAUGAUGAAGAUGAAGAAGAUGAUGAUGAUGAUGAUGAUGAUGAUGGUGAAAAUGAUGAAAAUGAAGAAAACAUAUCAGAUAUUAAAGAAGGAAAAGAUGAAAAAGACAGUCAAAUGCAGGAGCCACUUGAGGAUGCUGACCUUGUUGAUGAGGCCCAUUCUUCUUCAGAUAGCACGCACAAUAAGGCGGAAGAUAGUUUAGGAAGCAUUUCCAAAGACGUAAAAAAGUACCCUGGGGUUAAAAGCAUGACAUUUAGGAGAAGUGUUAGCCGAGAGUGAGGGAUUUUUAAGGUAAAAUAUUUUUUUUUGGUGUGGAACAUACUUGUUACACAAAUGUGAAACCUUUACUUUGUUUCUUUUUCUGCUGAUAGUUUAUAUUUAGAUUUACAGUGACCUGUCUGCGAUUUCUUCUUAUCUGAAAUGUUUAAUGUAAAUGUUUGAUUACAGAUGAUCUUAAGCAAA